AUGGCGGUCAUGGGGCGGGGCCGCCAGGCGCGGGGUACGCUGGGAACAGCGCGCGGGCAGCCGGGAACGGGGCGGAGCGCGGCCGCGCCGGCGCGUCGAGGGGGAGAGGCAGCCGCCGCGAUGGACGUGUUCCUCAUGAUCCGGCGCCACAAGACCACCAUCUUCACGGACGCCAAGGAGUCGAGCACUGUGUUCGAGCUAAAGCGCAUCGUCGAGGGCAUCCUCAAGCGGCCGCCGGACGAGCAGCGGCUGUACAAGGACGACCAGCUUCUGGACGACGGAAAGACAUUGGGCGAGUGUGGCUUCACCAGCCAGACAGCACGGCCUCAGGCCCCAGCCACUGUGGGGCUAGCCUUCAGGGCAGAUGAGGCCUUUGAGGCCCUGCGCAUCGAGCCCUUCUCCAGCCCACCCGAGCUGCCGGAUGUGAUGAAGCCACAGGACUCAGGAAGCAGCACCAAUGAACAAGCUGUGCAGUGAGAGGUCCCCCAACCGCCCUACCCCCCCAAUAAAAGAGAUUUGGGUGUCCACCUGGUUGCUGCUUCUUUCUACACACCUUCUCCUGACUCAGGCAUCACCUCACUGGUGCUCCCCGCCUUGCCCCACCCUCAGCCUCUUCCAGGCCAGCCUGCUGCAUCCCAAGCUCUCUGAGUCCAGCUACCAACCCCCAGCCCAGCCUACCCCUCAAAAGGCCAUAAUGGGGAGAGGAACCCAGGGCCCCCAGGCCAGCCUUCUGCUCAGCCUGGGGAUAAAAGGUUUAGAGGCUUUUGUUUCUUCAGAGUGGCCAGCCCCCUCCUAGCAUGAGCAUGCUGGCUCCCAGCUGGAACGAGCGUGUUGGUUUGAGUGGGUUCUGUGGGGGAUCCACAGCCUAGAGCCACCCCAUAAGGCUCCUCCAAGGUAUGCCCCUUGCAAGAGGGAUGCAGCCACAGAAUAAGGGCAGCUCCUCUCCUAACUAACUCUCCCCACCCAUAAUAAACAAUCUAU